AUGACAAUUGUUACUCUGUUACUUUUGUUAUUAAUACCUAUUACUUGGGAAUGUGCACCUACCGUACAUGUGUCUAACCCUAUUGUGUCUUCUACCUAUUCUCCGGAUUCGUCACCAGAUCCGCCGACAACUACGACCCAGACGGCUUCAACAACCCCAGCUCCCAACACAACAACGAUUUGGAGUACGAGUACUGCCUUGAGUACAACAGUCUUCGAUAGUACAACAACAUUCGAAAUCACAAGUACUGCUGCGAAUACAACCACGACACUACCUACCACAACAACCACAUUAAUCACGACUACAGUAAGACGUGAGUUUUUUGAGGUUUGA